CCAAAAGCCAGCGAUCGGUUCAACCGUUCGACUUCGACUGAUCGUGACGAUUGACGCGAACGCUAUUUUACAGUCUCAGCAAGAUGGAACACCGACUAGCUAGUCCUGUGAGAUAUACAUAUUAUAACAUAAGUGGAGUGCAGAACUGUGGAAAGGCGGGUAGAAGGACGGAAAGACACAUUGUCUUGAUGGUCAAGGACGCGAUAAUGCGAAAACCGAAAAUGAGGCUACAUGCGAUACUAACAGCUAAAGGUCCUAAAAGAAGAGCUCAAAAUCCAAAUACAAUUCCAAUUAGACAAAUGCUACCCUUACGUUUAAAAGACAAAGUUGUUGAAUCAGGACGGAAUUCGAUGGAGGGCAAAUGUUUGUUUGAAAUGUCAUUACUGUUUAAGUGUUGGGAGGAUAAUGAUUUUAAUGAUACAAUGUGUGGUCAGUAUAUGAAGAAUCUCCAACAGUGUUAUCAGAACUACAUGACAACAACAGCUGUCCGUAAAGAACAGCAGAAAAUCGACAUUCCUACUCCUAACGCGAAGAAUUUGAGUACAAGACAAAUUAGUUAUCUUUUACGCAAGUACCCAACUGUUUAAUCAUAGUAAAUUAAAUAAAAUACUGUAGACAUAAAAUA